AUGGGUAAUUGUCUGGGCAAGAAGCCGUCCUCGCCGCGGCCACCGACGGCUCUUCUCACGUCGGCCAAGCCGUUGGCCUUCAACAACGCGGGAGAGAAGUCGUUGCCACCUUCCUCCCCCAUCUCGUACCCAGUCGAGCCAGCUAACAAACCUUAUAGUAAGUCCAGUGAGGCCAAACACCCUCUAACUGGCAAUAUCUACGUGGCUCUGUACGACUACGAAGCUCGUACUGAUGAUGAUCUGAGUUUUAAAAGAAACGACCUUCUGGAAGUUCUGGACGACAGUUUGGGUGAUUGGUGGUACGCUAGGAGUGUUGUCACGUCCAAGGUCGGCUACAUUCCUUCAAACUACGUAGCCAAGCAUAAGUCUAUCAGCGCUCAACCGUAAGUCAAACUAAUGAGUUCUGAUAUACUUACUUUCAAAUUCUUAUUUGAAAAAGCAAUUUUUUAUCAGGUAAUGCGUAAUUAAAGUGUACUAAUUUGCAGAUGGUACUUCGGCAAGAUACGGAGAGUUGAAGCAGAAAAGCUUCUCAUGCUUUCCUCUAACGAACAUGGAGCCUUCUUGGUCAGGGAUUCUGAAUCUAGACAGAACGAGUAUUCUCUUUCAGGUAAUUGCUUCAUUUUAAGCUUUACCACUAUCUAAUCUUAUAAGAACAUACAGACAGACAAAUAUUUUUGAAAGUUAAAAAGUUUGGGAUGAGGUUUCCAAGGUUAAGGUACAGAGUUUUUUGUAAUAAUAAGCUUUAUGAAGUAAAUUUUGAAUUUCUUCAGUCCGCGAAGGAGAUUCCAUAAAGCAUUACCGUAUAAGACCAUUGGACCAAGGCGGGUACUUUAUUGCCAAAAGGGUUGUAUUCAACAACCUGAAAGAGCUGAUCGAGCAUUACAGUACCGAUGCUGACGGUCUGUGCGUGAAACUGUCAAAGCCACCGUCAAGAGUAGAAUCGCCUCAAACGUCAACAUUCACUUACGACGACCAAUGGGAAAUCGACCGAAGAUCUUUGCGGUUGAUCUGCCAAAUUGGGUCUGGUCAGUUCGGAGAGGUAAGUCGAGAUUAUGUGUAAUCAGUAUCGUACUUCAGGUGUGGGAAGGCAGAUGGAAUGGAACCACUCCUGUAGCCGUCAAAAAGCUGAAGCCAGGGACAGCUGACAUCGAAGACUUCUUGGCCGAAGCUCAGAUCAUGAAGCGAAUGAGGCACCCGAAACUGCUUCAGUUGUACGCUGUGUGUAGCAAGGAAGAGCCGAUUCUGAUUGUGACAGAACUGAUGGAAGAGAACCUUCUCCACUUCCUACAAGGUCGAGGCAAGACGUCUGCCAUCAUCUCACUAGUUGAUAUCGCCUCCCAAAUAGCUAGUGGUAUGAGGUAUCUGGAAGAGAAGAACUUCAUCCACCGAGAUCUGGCAGCCAGGAACAUCCUGGUUUCCUCUUCUGCCACCGUGAAGAUAGCUGACUUUGGACUGACACGACUGAUAAGAGAGAACGAAUACGAGGCUAGGAUCGGCGCUAGGUUCCCCAUAAAGGUAAAUACGAUGACUUUUAUUGAUGUUUUAAUGUGAUAACUGAUUUACUUUUGAACUUUUAGUGGACCGCGCCAGAGGCCGCGAAUUACAACAAGUUUACCAUCAAAUCAGACGUCUGGUCCUUUGGUAUCUUGCUAACCGAGUUGGUAACGUUCGGAAGAAUACCGUACCCAGGGAUGACAAACGCCGAGGUGCUACAGAAGGUGGAGAACGGGUACAGAAUGCCAUGUCCGGUAGGAUGCCCUCCAGUCUUGUACGAAAUAAUGCUACAAUGUUGGCACAAAGACCCAGAAAAGCGACCCACCUUUGAGACUCUCAAUUGGAAACUGGAAGACCUUUUCUCUAAUCAAGGCUCCGAAUAUAAGGAGGCUUCUAUCUCAUAUUAA